AUGGUCGACGGUUCCGAGAACCGAAGCUCCACCUCUUCCCCCAUCGGGUCACCUGCAACCACCCGCGCCCGCGCCUCCAUACUCACUCUUCCUCAUGGCCCCGUCAACCUUCCCAUCUUCAUGCCGGUGGCCACCCAGGCGUCUCUCAAGGGCCUGACACCCCAACAACUAGAGGACACGAGCUGCCGGCUGUGCCUGAACAAUACGUACCACCUUGGGCUCAAGCCAGGUCAGGCGGUCCUCGACGCCGUCGGCGGCGCCCACAAGCUGCAGGGAUGGCGGCAUAACCUCCUGACUGACAGCGGCGGCUUCCAAAUGGUCUCGCUCCUCAAGCUGGCCACCAUCACCGAGGAGGGCGUGCGCUUCCUCAGUCCGCACGACGGCAGCCCCAUGCUGCUGACCCCGGAGCACUCCAUGUCUCUGCAGAACAGCAUCGGGUCCGACAUCAUGAUGCAGCUCGACGACGUCCUGGUCACCACCUCUCCCGACGCGGCCCGCAUGCGCGAGGCCAUGGAGCGCAGCGUCCGCUGGCUCGACCGCUGCAUAGCCGCCCACAAAAAACCCGAGACGCAGAACCUCUUCUGUAUCAUCCAGGGCGGACUCGACCUCGAAAUGCGGCGCGAGUGCACCGCCGAGAUGCUCCGGCGCGACACCCCGGGCAUCGCCAUCGGCGGCCUGAGCGGCGGCGAGGCCAAGGAGGACUACUGCCGGGUGGUGGCGGCGUGCACGGAGCUCCUCCCGGACCUCAAGCCGCGGUAUGUCAUGGGCAUCGGCUACCCGGAGGACCUGGUGGUGAGCGUGGCGCUGGGCGCCGACAUGUUUGACUGCGUGUGGCCGACGCGCACCGCCCGCUUCGGCAAUGCCGUCACGCGCCACGGCGUUCUCAACAUGAGGAACAAGCAGUACGCCGACGAUUUUGGCCCCAUCGAGGAUGGCUGCGGGUGCGUGUGCUGCCAGCCCGUGUCCAAGGGCGGCACCGGCGUCACGCGCGCCCUCGUCCACCACAACGCCGCCAAGGAGACCGUCUCGGCUCAUAUCCUGACCAUCCACAACGUGUGGUAUCAGCUCAACCUUAUGCGUGAGAUCAGGGAGUCUAUCAUUGCGGACAGGUUUCCCGGCACGGUCAAGGAGUUCUUUGCCAAUCUUUAUCCUAGCAAGGAUGAGUAUCCUUCGUGGGCCGUGAAUGCCCUAAAGGGUGUGGGUAUAGACCUGAGCAAAGACUAG